AUGGAUGCAGACGUCCCCGAUACUUCGUCCUCCUCUAUUAUAGCACCUCCUCUAUUCUCUGCCGUCCCAGAAAUUGACAAUCAUUCGCACACACUUGAGGACGAAAACGGGGACGCAGACAUCGUUGCUGCGAGCAAGGGUAAGAAAAAGCACAAAGUUGUCUUCUCGGGUGAAGGGGAAGACAACGAUUUCAUUGAGGAAGAGGAACCGAAACUUACAUCGAAGAAGAAGGCACUAUCGAAACCCACCUCCGCUGCAACAUCGAAAUCGAAAUCUAAGGCAAAAGAAAAGCGGUUCUCUCGGAAGUGGACAUGA